GCUGGAUUCUCAUCAACAUGAAGCUUCAGGUGAUCCAGAAGCUGAGCAAGGCUGGCGAUGGCAGCGCAGCUGCGGCGUCCAUGGAGGUCGCCGCCAGGGAAGAGAGCGAGGUGUGGGGCGGCGGCCGCGUCUUUGCGGUCGGGGACUGCACCUUCGGCAAAGUCGUCGAGCCAGACCCCUCCACGGGCGACGUGGAGAGGGGCACGAAGGUGCUCUUGCCGCCGGUUCCCAAGAUAUGUUAUCCGGGAGAGGAGCAGGCCGCGCACGCCUGCAGGAAUGUCCUCCGCCUCGCGGCGUCCGACGAGCUCCCUCCGCCCGAGAGGCAGCGGACGCUGCUGAUGAACACGUGGUGGCCGUGGGGCGCUGGGAUCAUGUCCACCAGCUUGGGCCCCAAGGACGCCGUCUGCGUCAUCGGGGCCAACGACCCCGACAAGCUGCGCCAGCAGCCCCGACAGUCCACAUUAUCUAGCGGGUCGUCGAAGCCAACGCCGUCGGGGUCGGACGGAGCAGGCAAGAUGCUGAUGACGGGAUGGAAGGCGGCGAUCCACAAGGAUUACAUCGAGACGACCAAGUGCUCCGAGUGCCAGAACGGGCUGAAAGGCCGCUUUAUCUGGUACCUCGUGCACCACACGCCGAUCAACCUGUGGGGCCGGGGGCCCUGCCUCGUGUUCUGAGCGGAG